GUCUCGCGAACCACGCUAGCCGAAAACCGACGCGACGUUAACGACGAGUAGAAAUUUGUCGGAAUUGUCGGAACUCGAACGUGCCGGCACUGUCAGAACUUGCAACCCUAUUCUCGAUACGUAACGAACGCCUCUUCAGUCGCUUCUCGAGGAUUCGUAAUCUCGAGUACGCUUUGAACUGAAUGCUUUCUGGAGUGCAUUACGAAGCUUUAUUCGUCGGCGUCGCGUUUGAUACCUUCGUCUGGUUCAUAUGUAAUUCUUAAUGGUGGCUGUGAAUAAAGGCGAUAAUGUGUAUUUAUUUUAGUGAUUGUGCCGCGAUGUUUGUGAACGACUGAAUUUAUUUCAAUGCCGCACGAUUGUAUUUAUGGUAUCUCACAACUUUCCCCGAGAAAGGUCGAAGGUCAAUUAAAAAAUCGUUCGUAACUCGCAGUCACGGGAUUACAGAGCGUAAAACGUUCAAAAAAGGUUGUUUCAAAAAACUAUUCCUGGAUUUCGAAUUAUUUUUAUAAGUGACAUCGUCUUAAUUUACAAACUUAUCAUAUUAAAAAAAUAAAUAUCUCAUCGCAGUGUUCUUUACUUUCUUAAACCGUUUUGUUGUCGCAAGUGAAAUUAUAAAAAUGACAUAAAAUUUUGUGCCAGUAUCUUAGUGUGCUCAUAGUGUUUUUUUUUUUAAUAAUUCGUAAUAAUUCUGAAUCGGACUCUUUAAUUAGUGACAAUGGAAGCGAUGGAGAGAAGAGGGAACCUAGUGUUGCUAGCAGCUAUAAUUAUGUUUUGGUGCCAAUAUGGAACAGUGGAGGGACACCGCGACUCAACAAAGAUGUCGUAUGUGUGCCCACCACAAUUCAUCCGGCUCGGGCACAGCUGCUAUUUCUUCAGCGAAAAACAAGCUACCUGGCAGAAUGCACUAUUCGCUUGCAAGGAUCGAGAAAGUAACCUGUCAGUACCUGCCCGAUGGGAGGACAGAAAUCUACGUGCCUACCUCAAUAAACACCUUGUAGAUUCUGCGAGCCGAUGGAUAGGGGGCAUCUACGAAUAUGGCUCCCAAUCUUGGAAGUGGGGCGGCGAGCUGCGUCAGAUGCACUACCAGUCCUUUUCGAAGAUGAAGAAGCUCUCUCCGGACGAACUCCAGUGGCACUGCAUAGCCAUGAUGCCAGAGCUAUUAUAUAGGUGGGCACCAAAAAAUUGCUUCGAGCCCCGCAAGUUCAUCUGCCAGACGAAACUCCGUAAGGUUCCGAAAUCGAAAGUGAAGGAACUGCGUCGUCGCUGGCAGAGGAUGGGUCAGCUGAACGAGAUCACCGCACCGAGCGUUAGCCGAGAGGUCAACGACCGGAACAAUGACGUCACCGUGCACCCCUACAGGAAUCCGAAAUCCUACGACCUCCGACCGAACUCCCUUCGGCUGCAUCCAAAAGGGAAUAGAACGAGGACGGCAAUAAACCGAAACCGUCCGAAGAAUUAUAGAACAAGACAGAACGAAUUGAAAAAGCGAUCGAGACCACCUGGUGCUCAUAGACGACUCAAGAGACCAUUCGAAGGUUACCAAUGGAAGCGAUCAGAUCCUGAAGGCUCUUAUAAAUACAACGUCGAUCUACUAAAAUCUGGAAAGACUGGGUUGACACCACAGCAAAUAAAGACGCAUUUAGCACGCCUCGCGCGGAUGCGCGAUGUGCAGAUAGCAAAACGCAGAAGGCUCCAGCUGCGAGGGAAGAACGACGAUUGGCUUGUCAACGAACCGAGACCUGUCCUAGCACAAACACACGCGAGAACUUAUAUGGUAGACAACAACAUAAGCGCGUUGCACCCUAAGACGAUAGUCGAAGAAUUCGAUUUGUUGCCAGCGUCACCUUCUCCCGUAGUGCUGCCCAGCCAAGUGCUCGGCCGAUAAGUCAUAUUGAGUAGUUCGUAGUGAGAGAUCUGACAAUUUGUAUGCACGAUUGCUUCUUUCCUUCACUUUUCGUUCUAAAGCAGCCGAAACGAAUCGAUAGUCUUUCGUUAUCUAACUCUUUACCAUUUUGUAUUAUAUUUGUAAGCCAAGAGACAACUCAAGUUACCAACUUUGUCUUUUUUUUUAAGCACGGCCGAUACACAAUUGUGAUCACGUGCUAAAUCAUUUAUAUGUAAUGCUUCUUUUUCACUAUUAAUUCUUAAACUUUGAUGGAUAUCGUUGAUUUCAAAAUAAUUAAUAAAUCUUGCUAUUUAAUUAUAAAUAUUUUUAAUUUUAUUUCCGUUACAAACUUUAUAAAAUUGACGACUUAUUAAAAGAGUAGAUACUCCUUUCGUAAUUUAAAGCAUGCUAUGGAUUUUAUUUAUAUUUAAAUUCGCAUUCUUACUCAUUAAUGUUAUUAAAAUAUUAAAUUCCAUUUACAUAAUUUUAAAUUCCAUAAAAUUAUAUCAAAAUGAAUAUAAAUAUAAAUAAACGUAGCGUCGUCGUCGUCAGUGACAUAUUGUAUUUAUAAAACUAGUCAGUAAGAUUAUUUUUUAUUGUAUUAAUUGCAAAAUAAAUUACACUAAAUAUUGUUAUGGGCAUUCCAUAAUGAUGUGUGUGUGUGCUUUAUAAUUGUUAUUACUGUAUUUUAGAGAUUCGGAUCCUUAUCAUUGUACGUGAAUAAAUGAAUUUUUCAAUGAAUGAUUGUAACACGAUUGCAAAUAAGUUCUCGCAUAUAUUUACUGUAAUAAAUAAAAAUAAAUAAUUAAUAAAUGUUAUAUUUACAUCCUCUAUUAAUCAUUAACGUAUUCAGUGUAUAAAAUAUUUAUAUAUUUAAAAAAAUAAUAUUAUUAUUCAAUAUAACGUGUCGUACUUUAUAAUUGGCAUUUGAAUACGUACGUAAUUUAAGAUUUAUUUCAGAAUGUUAAUAUUUUAAGUUGUAAGGUAAAAUUCUUAAUUAACUAUUCUUGUUAAACUUGGAAUGGCAAACAAGCUGACGGUGCGCCUAAUGGAAAAUGGUAACCGUCACGUACACCUCGUCAUGUACAGUACUGUGGACGUCACAGAGUAUACUGUGACGCCCAUGGUGCCCGUCAUACGUUGCCAUUCCUCAACUGCCACAUCAUAGUCCUCGCAUUUAAACGACGAAUUGAUAGAUUAAUUCGUGUAUAAAGUAUACCUUUAGCAGAGUUGUUUUUAUGGCUGUUGUAAACUUAAUAUUAUUAAUCAUUAGUUUUUAUUUUAUUUUUAUAAUGCACCGAUUAUAUUAUAUCUACCAUAGAACCUCUAAGAGUGUGGAGUAAGCUUACAGAAUGCUUUACACAUAGUGUGUUGAACAAUGUACCUACAUGUUAUAAGGUAGUGUACUGUGUAAUGAAUAUGCUACAUGGCAAAUUACAGUCGUACCUAAAUGUAAUUCAAGAAUGAAUGUGAAUUAUUAUUAUAGAAUAACAUUAUUUUAUUAAAAUUAUUAAUUAUUAAAAUUAAAAUAUAGUCAUUACAAUAUAUUACUAGUCUGUUAGAAAAAAAAAAAAAAGAAAAACGCCUCAUCAUUCUGUACUUUCAACUUUACAAUAUUUUAUUUUUUUAAUUUUAAAAUUGAAAUAAAUUCAUAUCUGUGUUUAGAGUGUAAUCUAAUUGCAGUGUAAUUUUUCCCAAAUCAAUCUUAAUCAUUUGUACAGUAGAUAUUAUACUUUUAUUUAAUGAAAAUAAUGUAACAAAUAAACGAGUACAUAAUUUUAACUGAAACAUCUUAUUAUAUGAAUUGCUGUGUAAUUAAUUGUAAGAACAAAAUACUUUGAUUCUAAGUAUUAAUAUUCUCUUAUAAUAAAUAAAUAAAUACUUCGGCA